AUGCUAAAAUCAAUUGGCCACUUACCAAACUAUGAAAAUGUUAAAUGUGGCGAAAUCUAUUGUGUCUCCUCACCGCCAGCUGUCUUCAAUGUUAAUUGCAUCUUGUGCGAACAGAAAAUCAGUUUGGACAAAUAUGUAUUGCAUUUUGAGUCGCAACACCUGACACUGGCCGAAGAAAGUUAUAGUCUGCAGGAUUUGGUUUAUGGUAGUACCAUAAAACCAUUAGAAAUUGUUGAUAUUAAAUUGGAAGCAGAUCCUACGGAAGAUCCAAUUAAUGCACCACCACCACAGGAACAGACAACAGCAACAACAACAAAAGAUGUUAGUAUUGAGCGGCAGGGUAAUCCAGCAGAUUCCAGUGAUGAUGAAGGGGAUUUCGAUGAGAAUAAAUCAUUAUUGGAAAUACUCAAUGAACAAAAGGUAGCAGCAAAGAAAAGAAGAGGCGGUGGUGGUGGUGCCAGGCAACAAAAGAAGCAAGAGUUUAAGAUAGAGCCGGAGACUUCGAGUAAAUUAGAGAAGGGGUUGGCAGUAGCAAUUGAUGAAUGGUCAGGUGUUAAUAAUGAGGUGAUGAAUACCACCUAUAGCGAUGAAGAUUUUGAUGAUGUUGAUGAGGCUGCUGCAGAUGAUGAUGACGAUUGGUUGGAGCAAAAAGAUAAUGGAACUGCAAGUUCUGAGGACAAUUCCAAUGAUACUUAUAUUGAGCUACCAUAUCCUUGUCUAAUAUGUCGACGAUCAUAUCGUAGCAAACAAAGUUUACAGAAACACAAUAACCUUGUUCACAAUCCUAAUAGAAAGUCGAAAGCUUCUACCAAGAAAAGCAAAACGAAGCCCAACGACUCCGAACACAAAUGCAACGAAUGCGAUAAGGUAUUUCGUUCUGAGCGUGAUCUUGGUGCACACAAAUUUCAACACACCGGUAUAUUUUGUGAUAUAUGCGGUAAACAGUUUACCCAAGUUGGCAAUAUGCGGCGUCAUCGAAUCCGACACGAUGGCAUCAAGUCACACAAAUGUCCUGAGUGCGCCAAAGAUUUUUUCACCAAAAAAGAACUACUAUCGCAUAUGAUUUGUCACACCGGCCUAAUGCCAUGGAUUUGUGAGAUAUGUGGCAAACGUUGUAGGGAUCGUGGUGUCUUAACGGCCCAUAUGCGUCGUCAUACCGGUGAACGGCCAGCCAAAUGUAUGGUCUGUCAUAAAAGUUUUUUCUCAUUUCACGAUUUAAAUGUUCAUGCUGUGGCGCACACCAAUGAGCGGCCGUUUAAAUGUGAUAUUUGUUCGUCAUCGUUUCAACGCAAGAAAGCCUUGCGUAUACACAAACGUAUUCAUUCCGAUGAUCGUAAAUUUGCAUGUCAAAUUUGUGGAAAAACUUUUGCCCAAUCGGGUGGUUUGAAAUCACAUAUGGUAAGGCAUGAUGCAGCAGGCAUUGAGGCAAAUACGACAAAAACAGCAAAUGAUAUUUUUUCUCCUGCAAGUCAAGAAAAAUCAGCUUUGAUAAUUACCAAAAAUGAUGAGCGAUGCCCCACUACUAAAUCACAUAGCAAGGCCGAAGAAGACGACGAUAAUAGUGAUGAAGAUGAUGACAAGGACGAUGCUGGAGAAAGUGUACAACAGGAUCGCAAUCUUAAUGAAAGUGAAGAAUUUAUUAAAACCGAUAAUGAAAAUCCGUUGGAAACAUCAUUGGAAGAUUCUAAAAAUGAGGAGAAUAUUGAAAAUGCAAAAAAGGCAAAACAGGAAAAUGAUUUAACCUGCCGUAUAUGUAAUCGUAAAUAUACCGCCAUCAAGCUAUAUAAUAAACAUAUGUUUGCAACACAUCAAAUCAAAAUACUUUCACGUAAAGUAAAUUACAAAUACGAAUGUGAUGAAUGUGAACAGAGGUUUAGAAUCGAACGUGAUUUGAAGGCGCAUAAAGUGAAACAUUUGAAGUUGGCAGAAAACAACCCCUCCAUUAUAACAAUGUUGCCGAAUAGUGAACAUAAAGAGCAGAAAAGAGGAAGAGGAGGUGGAGGUCAGGUGGUGGAGCCAGCAUCAAAAAAUGUUACAAAUUUAAAUGAAGAAAUAGAUCAACAACAGUCAGCGAAUGAUGAUGAUGGCGAUAAGGCGUCAGGUGAAGACAAUGAUCCCGAAUGGAUAGAUGAUGCUGACAAUGCUGCUGAGAGUGAAAAGGAUGUGGAGGAGGUUGAGAAAAGCAAUACCACAGCAGAAUUACGCUGCAACAUCUGCUGGCGCACAUUUAAAGCUCUGAAAUUCCUCAACAAACACAUGUCUCUUCGGCACAAAAUAAAAGUCCUUUCCCGCAAAGUCAAUUACAAAUACAAAUGCGAUGACUGUGAGCAAAUGUUCCGAACGCAACGUGAUCUCAAAGGUCAUAGGGUACGCGAACACUUGGGCAUAUCCUGUGAUAUCUGCGGCAAAAUGUUUGCCCAGGCUGGCAAUAUGCGUAGACAUCGGGUACGUCACAGUGGCAUUAAGGCCUUCCAGUGCACGGAAUGCCCUAAGGCGUUCUACACAAGUAAAGAACUGAAAUCCCAUACAAUCUGCCAUACAGGGAUAUUGCCGUACAUUUGUGAAAUAUGUGGUCGUCGGUGUCGGGAUGGUGGUGAUUUAUCGGCCCAUAUGCGUCGCCAUACCGGCGAAAGGCCGGCCAAAUGUGAUGUGUGCGGCAAGAGAUUUUUCUCGGUACACGAUUUGAAUACACAUGCGGUUAUGCACAGUACGGAACGGCCAUUUGCCUGUGAGAUAUGUGGUUCUAGAUUUCAAUUGAAGAAAACGUUGCGGGUGCAUAAGCUAAUACAUUUACCGCCACAAUAUUCGUGUGCCAUUUGUGACAAGACCUUUGUCCAGUCGGGGCAUUUGCGAAUACACAUGCGUAGACAUGGCAAUAUUAAGGACAACAAAACUAACAACAACAACAGAAGUGAAACGGGAGCAGGCGAAUUAUAUGUUCCCACAGUGUAUGAUGGCCCAGCAACGGAUGUUGUAGUUAAUGAAAAAGCUGUAUAA